AUGAUAACGAAUCGUCAGUCAAUUAUAGCUGUCUUAACUAAGGUUUGUUGUCUCAUGAUUCUAUCUACAGCAAACACUGCAUCCUUAUCUUCUGUUUCUAAGCAGACAGAAGAAUGUUCCACAAGCGUUCAGGAGAAACUUUUCAGGCUCGGGGAGGGGUUUAACGAACAAACAAAACAUCAAGCGUUGGUGGCAUGA